CAAAUGCCACUGCCAUCAACCUUCCCACAAGCACCUUAGAAAUUCAGCGAUUCCCCCGGGAACCACAGAGAAGCACAGGGGCUGAGAGGCCAGAGAGGGGAGCGGGGAGUGAGCCCAUCACAGCUACUGUCAUUCCCCAGAUCAGCGGAGUGCAGACCUGCAGCACAGUCCGUGUGCUGGAGUGGAAAGAUGGGGUAGCUACUUUGCCUGGGAGUAACCUGCGGUUUCGAAUAAAUGAGUAUGGGACGCUGAAGGUGGUGAGUGCUGAUAAGAUGCCUCCAGUGGAAGCUAUACAGGAGGGUCACACACAGAAAGAUGGGGAAUCAGAGGUGGCACCAACCAGCAGGGACAAUCCUACUGUGGCUCAGGAUGUGCCAGAGCAGACCAAGCUGCCAACAGCAGAAAGCCUGUGCCACUGUGACACCUGUGGCCAGAGACGUGUGUCGGAUGGAGCCCGGGAAGGCAGGGGCUUCUGCAGUGAGCACUGUCACCAGCAGUUCAAAGAAAGGUCUGUCAUUGUGGAAAACUCUGCCAGCAGCACCAAUGCCACUGAAAUCCUCAAGCCGGUGAAGAAACGAAAGAGGAAGGACUACCAGAGCCCUUCGGAGGAAGAAUAUGAAUCUGAGCAAAUGGAGGAAAAGCGUGAAGAGAGGAAAAACUCUGCAGGAGACUCUGCUAUCAGCAAUCGGGCGGCUGAUGUGUGGAACGGGAGCCAGCACGGUGCCAGUGAGAAGAAAGAAGGCUGGUCUUGGGCGUCCUACUUGGAGGAGCAGAAAGCUGUCGCUGCCCCUUUAGAUCUCUUCCAGGAUUACCAAGUAGCUUCCCAGCACAAGAAUGGCUUUAAAGUGGGGAUGAAGCUGGAGGGGAUUGAUCCGCAGCACCCAUCUAUGUACUUCAUUCUGACAGUGGCUGAGGUGUGUGGUUACCGGAUGCGCCUCCACUUCGAUGGCUAUUCGGAGUGCCAUGAUUUCUGGCUGAAUGCUGACUCCCCUGACAUCCACCCUGCUGGCUGGUUUGAGGAGACGGGGCACAGACUCCAGCCUCCAAAAGGUUAUAAGGAAGAAGAAUUCAGCUGGACAAACUACCUGAAGAUAACAAAGGCUCAGGCAGCUCCUAAGCACCUUUUCAUGGUCCGAAAUACUCAUGAGACUUCCCUGGGCUUCGAGGUGGGCAUGAAGCUCGAAGCUGUGGACCGCAUGAAUCCUUCCCUGAUCUGUGUUGCCACAGUUACUGACGUGGUAGACAAUCGUUUUUUGGUGCACUUUGACAACUGGGAUGAUACUUACGACUACUGGUGUGACCCCAGCAGUCCAUACAUCCACCCUGUUGGAUGGUGUCAGGAGCAUGGCAAACCCCUCACCCCUCCUCAAGAUUAUCCUGACCCUGACAACUUCACCUGGGAAAAAUACUUAAAGGAAACAGGAGCAUCUGCUGUCCCGGCUUGGGCCUUUAAAGUGCGCCCACCCCAUGGCUUCCUGGUCAACAUGAGGCUGGAGGCAGUGGACAGGAGGACCCCUUCCUUCAUCCGAGUGGCCAGUGUGGAGGACGUGGAAGAUCACAGGAUAAAGAUCCAUUUUGAUGGCUGGAGCCAUGUCUAUGACUUCUGGAUUGAUGCAGAUCAUCCGGACAUCCACCCCAUAGGCUGGUGCUCAAAAACUGGACAUCCACUGCAGCCUCCUCUCAGGCCAAAGGAACCAGCCUCCUCUGCCCAUGGGGGCUGCCCAACCCUGGGCUGCAAGACGACCAUCCCUCACACCAAGAGCUCCAAGUACAGCUUUCACCACAGGAAGUGCCCCACGCCGGGUUGCGACGGGUCAGGACACGUGACUGGGAGAUUCACGGCGCAUUACUGCCUCUCAGGGUGCCCACUGGCAGAGAAGAACCAGGGCAGGCUUAAGGCGGACUUGUCUGACACCGAGGCCUCAACUCGCAAAAGGAACCUUAUUGGCUUCCCUCAGCGAAAGAAAUCUCGUCACCAUGGGAGAGGGCGACCUCCAAAGUACCGGAAGAUCCAGCAGGAAGACUUCCAGACUAUUGCUUCAGACAAUAUGCAUCAGUCGCUCUUUAUGUCUGCCCUGUCUGCCCACCCCGACCGCUCCCUGUCGCUCUGCUGGGAGCAGCACUGCAAACUCCUGCCGGGGGUGGCUGGCAUCACAGCAACUACAGUGGCCAAGUGGACCAUUGAUGAGGUCUUUAGCUUUGUUCAGACACUGACGGGUUGUGAGGACCAAGCCAAGCUCUUCAAGGAUGAGAUGAUCGAUGGUGAGGCGUUCCUCUUGCUGACACAGGCUGACAUCGUCAAGAUUAUGAGUGUCAAGCUGGGCCCGGCACUCAAGAUCUACAAUGCCAUCCUCAUGUUCAAGAAUGCUGACGACACCUUAAAGUGA